CGGAGCUUGCGCGCUGCCGCGUCCCCUCACUUGCGGACUGGUGUCACCGUGUCCGGGACGUCUGGGACAUGCUGCCUGACUGCCUGUCCGCAGAGGACGAGCAGCGCUGCCGGCAGCUGCUAGCACGGACCACUGCCGGGUUACGCUCGCGGCCCGCCGCGGCCGCAGUGCUUGUGCCGCUGUGCCUGGUGCGCGGGGUCCCGGCGCUGCUCUACACUCUGCGCUCUAGUCGCCUGGUUGGGAGGCACAAAGGGGAAGUCAGUUUCCCAGGUGGUAAGUGUGAUCCUGGCGACCAAGAUGUAAUACAUACGGCCCUUCGGGAGACUCAGGAGGAGCUGGGCCUAGAGGUGUCCAAGGAGCACGUGUGGGGUGUCCUGCAGCCAGUGUAUGACCGGAGAAAGGCAACCAUAGUCCCGGUGCUUGCCAAUGUGGGCCCACUGGAUCUGCAGAGCCUCAGGCCCAACCCUGAGGAGGUGAAUGGGGGCUACUGGGGAGCUGGGCUAACCUACCAGGGGAUUCACAGGCAGGCCUCUGUCCAGCCCCUCUCUGUCUCCUGUCCACAGGUGGAUGAAGUAUUUGAGCUGUCUCUGGCCCACUUGCUGCAGACACAGAACCAGGGGUAUACCCACUUCUGCCAGGGUGGCCACUUCUGCUACACACUGCCUGUCUUCUUGCAUGGACCACACCGUGUCUGGGGCAUCUCAGCUGUCAUCACUGAGCUCACCCUGAAACUGCUGGCCCCUGGCAUCUACCAGCCCUCCCUAGCUGUCCCCGAGUUGCCUAGAGGUUGAGGCCUGCCUGGCCUUUCAGUGCCUCUGCCUUGAUUUGGCCAGGCUACUCCAGAACUGAUUAAAAGAGUGUUUGACAACUC